GCAGUGUCACUAGGCCGGCUGGGGGCCCUGGGUACGCUGUAGACCAGACCGCGACAGGCCAGAACACGGGCGGCGGCUUCGGGCCGGGAGACCAGCGCAGCCCUCGGGGCAUCUCAGUGCCUCACUCCCCACCCCCUCCCCCGGGUCGGGGGAGGCGGCGCGUCCGGCGGAGGGUUGAGGGGAGCGGGGCAGGCCUGGAGCGCCAUGAGCAGCCCGGAUGCGGGAUACGCCAGUGACGACCAGAGCCAGACCCAGAGCGCGCUGCCCGCGGUGAUGGCCGGGCUGGGCCCCUGCCCCUGGGCCGAGUCGCUGAGCCCCAUCGGGGACAUGAAGGUGAAGGGCGAGGCGCCGGCGAACAGCGGAGCGCCGGCCGGGGCCGCGGGCCGAGCCAAGGGCGAGUCCCGUAUCCGGCGGCCGAUGAACGCUUUCAUGGUGUGGGCUAAGGACGAGCGCAAGCGGCUGGCGCAGCAGAAUCCAGACCUGCACAACGCCGAGUUGAGCAAGAUGCUGGGCAAAUCGUGGAAGGCGCUGACGCUGGCGGAGAAGCGGCCCUUCGUGGAGGAGGCAGAGCGGCUGCGCGUGCAGCACAUGCAGGACCACCCCAACUACAAGUACCGGCCGCGGCGGCGCAAGCAGGUGAAGCGGCUGAAGCGGGUGGAGGGCGGCUUCCUGCACGGCCUGGCUGAGCCGCAGGCGGCCGCGCUGGGCCCCGAGGGCGGCCGCGUGGCUAUGGACGGCCUGGGCCUCCAGUUCCCCGAGCAGGGUUUCCCCGCCGGCCCGCCGCUGCUGCCUCCGCACAUGGGCGGCCACUACCGCGACUGCCAGAGUCUGGGCGCGCCUCCGCUCGACGGCUACCCGUUGCCCACGCCCGACACGUCCCCGCUGGACGGCGUGGACCCCGACCCGGCUUUCUUCGCCGCCCCGAUGCCCGGGGACUGCCCGGCGGCCGGCACCUACAGCUACGCGCAGGUCUCGGACUACGCUGGCCCCCCGGAGCCUCCCGCGGGUCCCAUGCACCCCCGACUCGGCCCAGAGCCCGCGGGUCCCUCGAUUCCGGGCCUCCUGGCGCCACCCAGCGCCCUUCACAUGUACUACGGCGCGAUGGGCUCGCCCGGGGCGGGCGGCGGGCGCGGCUUCCAGAUGCAGCCGCAACACCAGCACCAGCACCAGCACCAGCACCAGCACCACCCCCCGGGCCCCGGACAGCCGUCGCCCCCUCCGGAGGCACUGCCCUGCCGGGACGGCACGGACCCCAGUCAGCCCGCCGAGCUCCUCGGGGAGGUGGACCGCACGGAAUUUGAACAGUAUCUGCACUUCGUGUGCAAGCCUGAGAUGGGCCUCUCCUACCAGGGGCAUGACUCCGGUGUGAAUCUCCCCGACAGCCACGGGGCCAUUUCCUCGGUGGUGUCCGACGCCAGCUCCGCGGUAUAUUACUGCAACUAUCCUGACGUGUGACAGGUCCCUGAUCCGCCCCAGCCUGCAGGCCAGAAGCAGUGUUACACACUUCCUGGAGGAGCUAAGGAAAUCCUCAGACUCCUGGGUUUUUGUUGUUGCUGUUGUUGUUUUUUAAAAGGUGUGUUGGCAUAUAAUUUAUGGUAAUUUAUUUUGUCUGCCACUUGAACAGUUUGGGGGGGGUGAGGUUUCAUAUAAAAUUUGUUCAGAGAUUUGUUUCCCAUAGUUGGAUUGUCAAAACCCUAUUUCCAAGUUCAAGUUAACUAGCUUUGAAUGUGUCCCAAAACAGCUUCCUCCAUUUCCUGAAAGUUUAUUGAUCAAAGAAAUGUUGUCCUGGGUGUGUUUUUUCAAUCUUCUAAAAAAUAAAAUCUGGAAUCCUG